GACGGAGAGACCCUCCCCUGCGUUCCUCUGCUGUUCCUCUGCUGUUCCCCAGCAUCUCUGAGAGGAGAGGAGCUCUGCACCGAUGGAGAGGCAGCAAGGACCUUCUCAUCACUAUGGUUCCCUGGAGCAAACUGAGAGGAGCAGAGACGCCAAGAAACCAGAUGAUGAAGUGGUGUCCAUGGCGGACUCCACCGUGACCGUGGAUGACAUUGAGGAGGAACUCUUCAAGAUCGAUAGGAUCCGGGACGUCCUGGUGAGGAGGGAGUCGGAGCUCAGAUACAUGAUGGACGACAUUCAGCUGUGCAAGGAGAUCACUCGUCUGAAGAGGGAGCUCCACAAACUGGUCUCCGUCCCAGAUAAAGACAAGUCCAGCGAGGAUCGGGAGAAGGAAGACGAACUGCUGCAGCAGAUCCACAAGCUGGUGGAGGCCAGAGACUUCCUCGUGGACGACGUCGAGUUCGAACGGCUCAGGGAAAAAGAAGAGGAUAAAGAGAUGGCAGAUUUUCUUGAGACCAAAUUUCCCAGAAAUAUAAAGAAAACAGGCGUAGCGACCAGGAGGGCCCCGACCCGAGCCCAGCAGGCCCCGUCCCCGUUCACCAAGACGGGCCUCACCCUCCUGAAGGAGUGUUGCGGCUUCACCUGUUCCAUCAUGUAGACGAGCUCCAGAGCAAACGGCCUCGCGAACACUCAGAUAUUCAGACAGAGACGGACUUGGGAGAGACCUGGAUGUCCGAUUUAUCCCAUUUUCCUCUUUUCCACACAAAACUUCGAAGGACAGAAAGAGACGAGCACAAAGUCAUGCAUGUAUUAAGUCGGAUUCUGCCGCCGCGGCUCUGCCCACAAGGUUCGUAUCUAAGGACUUCACGGAGCUACGAUAACCGUCAUCUCCUCAUUAUAAAGCAAGCCGGUGGAUUUUUCUAACUAGCAUU